AAAACGUCAGUUGUUUUUCAAAUAACCAAACUCGUGUGAGUUUGAGUUGUCCCGUCAUAAAUUUAUAAUUGCGUAGUGCACUUAGGGAUUUAUUUAAUAACGUUAUAGUAACUUUUACAAUGAAAACCAACAACAAGAAGAAAACUAAGAAACAAAAAUCCAAGAAAAGGCCAAUUGUAAAGAAUAAAAAAGAGCGUAUUCUUGUCAUAGCGCAGGAAUUCAAAUUCGCGAAAUUACUAUCGUCUAACGAGAAGAAAACACGAGAUCGUGUACUGAAAGCGCUAAAGAAAUGGUUACUUAAUUGCUUCGAGAAAGGAUACGAAUUCAAAGAGGAUGACUUCUUCAGAGUGUGGAAAGGUUUGUUUUAUGCUGUAUGGAUGUCGGACAAGCCAUUAAUACAGGAAGAACUAUGUGAUAAUAUAGCUGGCAUAUUAGAUCUGUUCCCUCCGGAGCAGAUAAAGAAUGCAAUCCUCAUGACUAAGGCGGGCUUCAAAAUGUUGGCUACAGGGUGGUACGGAAUUGAUCAACAUAGAAUUGAUAAAUUUAUGAUGUUGGUACGUAGAUAUUUGCGAGGUAGUUUACGUUGUCUCUUACGAUGCAAAUGGAGCAUAGAAAGUUGCAACUCCUAUGCGGAAAUGUUGAGUGCAGAGGAUGGUUUAUUAGCAAUUAAAACACCAUCAUAUGCUCGGAAUGCUGUAUCCAUUAUACUUCACUUUAUUGAUUGCUUCCUCGAAGAGUUGGCUAAGGUAUCGCAAGGCAAGAUUCCUGACGAGAGUAUAGUAUGCCUGCUGCGACCGUUCUGUUUGCUGGUGUGCGGUGGUGAGGCGGCGGCGGUGAGCGGCGCGCGGGCCCUGCUCACCACACUGCUACGCCAGUCGGACCUCGGCCUGCAGUAUGCUGCCAAGGAACAAGUCUGGCAACGGAUGGGUUGUCCCCCGGGCGGGCCGGAGGCUUUGGAAAUGGUGAUAGAAGAAGGUGAUGAAGACAAUGAUGAUAAUGACGAAGAUGAUGAUAAAUCUGAAACAGCUCCGACUUUAGACCCUCGAGCGGGUAAAGUGAAUGUGGAGUUGGCACAGCUGCCGGUGCCGGGUGCGCUGCUGGCGGAGGAGCUGCGCCGGUUGGCGGACACAGUUUGCCGCACACCCAAAGCAUACAAACGCGCCAAGACCUGCAUAGAUCGUUUCGUACAAUUGAGCAACAACGUGUACCCGCUGCGAGUCAAAGAUACGGACUUCCUGGCGGACGUAGAGGAGGCGGUAUUACCUAAGCCUGUGGAAGCAGCUAAGCAACUGAAGGACUUGGAGAAACGACUGGCCACCUCCGCUGAUGAACUGGCAUUGAGAGGUUUAAGUCGCAAACACCGAAAACGUCUUUUAGCGAAAAGCCGCGCAGGACUGAGUAUAGUCGAGGAUGUUGUAAAACCUGACGAAGUGCCAAUGGAGUCUACUAAUGGAGAUGAAACAAAGUCUGAUGACAAACAAAAGAAAGAAAAUAACACAUCUAAUAAAAAACCUGCAAAUAAAAAUAAAAAGAGGCCAAACAAGAAACGUAAACUUGAAGAGCAAACAAAUAAAGUGGAAAAUGUUAAGAAAGUAAAAAUUGAUAAGAAAGAUCAACAAACACAAAAACAAUCUGACAUAAAAAUAGCUACAGCAAAACUGAAUGGUGAGUCUAAAACGAAGCAAAAACUAAAUAAAAAUGAUAUUAAGAAAAUAGAAGUUGAUAAAGACAAAGAGAAAAGUAAAGACAAGACUCAAAUAGCAGUGCCUAAGAAAAAAGAACCUUUAGUUGUUAAGGACAAUAGUAAAAAUAAAGCAAAGCCAACAAUCAUAAGUGAAAAGAAAAAUACACAAGCGCAAAAAGUAAAAGAGAAACCUUCAGAAAAACCUAUAAAAGCUACUUUAGUAGUUAACAAAGUGAAAAAUAAUAAAAAUAAAAUAUCACCAAAGGGUACAAAAUCAAUAAAUGCAAAAUUAUCUUUAAAUACACCGAAGAAAGUUAAAUUUGUUUUAAAAAAUAAUGGCGCUCAAGCACCUGUGGAUUAUUACAAAAGUGUGAAACAGAGUCCCAAUAUACCUUUUGACAGCAGCAAGCAACCGAUAAAAACUAACCUCAAACCUUCCACACCGUCACCAAUCAAUCCGUUCUUUAAAAAAAAAUUAAGAUUAGGUAAAAUAUGAAACCAAGAUAGUAGACAUUUCUUAUUUCCAUGACUUAACGAUGAUUUCAUUUAUUUAAGUCUUAAAAGUUGAUAGCCUAUGUGGAAAAUUUUAAAUAUAACGAUUAGGUAAUUCUUAUGUUUUUGGACUGUUAUUUCAAUAUUUUCAAGUUUUUGUAUAUUGAUACGACUGUAAUCAAUUUUUUUGUCGUGG